AUGUCGUCCCGCUCGCAGUCGUUGACCGCACUCUCCACGGUCGCGCUCCCGCACCUUGUAGAAGCAGCCGAGUUACUCCGACAGAACCUAACUUGGGAAAACGUCACUUUCUCGAACGCACAGAGCGCCCUACUGUUAUAUCUUGCUCUUACUCGCACUCUCCUUGCAUAUCGACAUGUGCGAGCGCGCGGACCUGUGAAUGUGCUUCAGGACGCGUACGCAUGGGCCGCGGAACGAGUACUGGCUUUAAUUGUCGCCAGCCCGUGGGUUGCGCCUAAAGUGGAGGCAGAGAUGGCCGUUGCCAAAGCGGACGUGGAGAAGAGCUUGGUACCGUCUGGUGCAGGCGUCGUGCGGCACCUCUCACUGCCGACACAGGGCCAGCCACUCGAGUGGAUUAUGGGUCAGAUGGACAUUAUGGAGGCUGUCGCCCCUCAGCAUACCGAUUAUAAGCUCGGGAAGCUUUCUGGCGCAGUUUAUCACGGCGGGCCGGAUAUGGAGAAGGUCAUCGUCGCCGCAUUCCAGCGCUACUGCGUGAGCAAUCCGCUGCACCCCGAUGCGUUCCCGGCCGUGCGCACGAUGGAGGCUGAGAUCGUGAGCAUGUGCUUGAACAUGUACAACAACCCGAGUGGCGCUGGUGCGACUACAUCCGGUGGCACGGAGAGCAUCUUGAUGGCCGUCAAGACGCAUCGCGAUUGGGCGCGCGCCACCAAAGGCAUAACGAGACCCGAGAUGGUUGUACCCGCUAGCGCGCAUGCCGCAUUCGACAAAGGGGCUGCCUACUUUGGGAUUAAGUUACACUCGAUACCGGUUGACCCCAUCACCCGUCAAGUAGACCUCAGGCGAGUGAAACGCGCUAUCAAUCCGAAUACGAUCAUGCUCGUCGGCUCAGCUAUCAACUUCCCUGACGGCUGCCAAGACGAUAUCGAAGCGCUUUCCGAUCUGGCUGUGAAGUACAAGAUCGGUUUACAUGUCGACUGCUGCCUCGGCUCAUUCAUCAUGCCGUUCCUCGAGAAGGCGGGCUUCCCGUCCAAGCUCUUCGACUUCCGUCUUCCCGGUGUGACCAGUAUCUCCUGCGAUACUCACAAGUACGGCUUCGCACCGAAAGGCAGCAGUGUGGUCAUGUAUCGCGAUAAGGAGCUGCGUAGACACCAAUACUACGUGAACCCGCAUUGGGCGGGCGGCGUCUACGCCAGCCCGGGUAUGGCAGGCUCACGGCCGGGCUCGUUGAUCGCAGGUACAUGGGCUGCGAUGACCUACAUGGGCGAGGCGGGUUACAUCGAGUCUUGCCGCUCAAUAGUGGGAACCCGCCAGUCCAUACAGGCUGCUAUCGCUUCGAACGCCUUCCCAGAAUUGCGCGUACUCGGCUCGCCACCCGGUCCCGUCGUUGCGUUCACCAGUCUGCAUCCAGACCGCCUCUCUAUCCUUGCCGUUGGGGAUGCCAUGAGCAGGAAGGGUUGGCAUCUGAAUGCGCUGCAGAACCCUGCGGCGCUGCACAUCGCUGUCACACGUUUGACCGUAGGCGUCAAGGAGACAUUCUUAGCCGAUCUCAAGGACGCGGUACGUGAGGUUAGUGACGCGUCCGCCGCGGGAGGCAAGCAAGGAAACAUGGUCGCGCUUUACGGUCUGGGGUCCAGCAGUGCCAUUGGCCCUCGCAUGGUUGGCACUCUCGUCAAUACGUUCUUAGACUCAUUGUACCAGGCCUGA